UCGCAAUUCCAACGACUAGAAGACUCAGCUUAGUCUUUUCUCUCUCUUCUUCUCAAAAGUCAUCACCAUUUACUCCCAACUCAAAAUUCUACCCUGUCUAAAAUCUAGGGUUUCUCAAUCCAUCUCAAUACUCCUACAUCUUUCAUUCACAGUGAUGGAUGAGAGCACGCAGUCUGAGGCUCAUUUGACGUCGGCUGCAGCUUUUGUUGAAGGGGGAAUCCAAGAGGCUUGUGAUGAUGCUUGCAGCAUUUGUCUGGAAGCUUUUUCUGAGAGUGAACCUUCAACGGUGACUAGUUGCAAGCAUGAGUUCCAUCUUCAGUGCAUUCUUGAAUGGUGUCAGAGAAGUUCCCAGUGCCCCAUGUGUUGGCAACCUAUCAGCCUGAAGGAUCCUACCAGCCAGGAAUUGCUUGAGGCUGUAGAGCAGGAGAGAAGCUUUAGUUUUAAUACGUCUAGAAAUGCUACCAUAUUUCAUCAUCCAACUCUGGGAGAUUUUGAGUUGCAGCAUUUGCCAGUGGGUGCAAAUGAUGCCGAACUUGAAGAGCGUAUAAUCCAGCACUUAGCUGCAGCUGCUGCAAUGGGGCGAGCACGCCACAUUGCUAGAAGGGAAGGCCAUAGGAAUAGAUCAUCAGCUCAUGGUCGUCCACAGUUCUUAGUGUUUUCAGCUCAUCCUAAUUCAGCUCCGGCCGGUUCUGUCUCUUCAUCUCCUAUUCAGAGAGAAGAAGGUGAACCAGCUCCUACAGCUACUCCCUCAUCUCCUCCGACUGUGGCUGAAGAUUCUUCACAAUCAAACGUACAACUGCUUUCAGUUCAAGGUGACCAUGGUUCAGCUUCACCAUCUGGGUCAAAUGCUCCUUCUCCCAAUCAGCAUGGCAAUACCUUAAAUAAUAGGGGUGCCCUCAAGAGAUGCUCCCAGGACUUGGGUUGCUCCCAAGAGCUCGAGAAGGGGAGAGGGAGCGACCACAACUACCCAAGAGGGAGUAGGCAAGCAACGGGUCGAAGGAGCGCCUGCCUCCACAAGGAGAGACCCGUCCGUGCUGGAUUCAUUAGGGCAACUACCAGACCAUUUACAAUCGAAGAUGGAUAUGGACUCUGCCAGCAAACUUCAAGAACUAAAGAAGAAAAUGUCAAGCAAGAUCUCGGAACUUUAGAUGCAAAGGCAAAAGCUGUCCAAGUUCAGCCGAGAUAUCCGAAAUUGGAUAUCUCUGACCUCACUGAUGAUUACCAAGCGGUUCUUGUUUCUAUGCUCAAGGCUGAAGAGGUUGAACAACAAGAGGAACAAGAACCUCUCUGGAGGAUGAUCAGCUAG